ACAAGUUGAGAUACGCGGAAACACCACAUGAGCCAGUGUGAGUGUUAUUUAAUGGCAGUAUUUGGUGUCCAGUUCGGUCCAGUUUGCUAAGCUAACCUAAAUUAGCUUAAUGCUAGUUUGCUAGCUUGCUAACAACUUCCUGGGCGCUGAGAAAUAUAGUGUUUGUACGUUUUAUGAUAACAUUAUCAUACAACUUUAUCUGAGUGCAUUUUAAACUAAACGGGUAAACAGUAAGGUUAAGUUGUAUUUGAAAGGCUUUACUUUGAAGGGAACUGUUUAAAGGGGAAAGUUUCAUGUCUGUUAGUAUGACAUUAGGAGGUGGAGUUAAAGUAGUCAGGGAAAGUGUGCAGUGAAUAACAUACUGUUAGUGAUGUUAAUGUACCAUUUAAUGCUUGGUGUCAUGUAGAGCAACAUAAGAUUUUGGACCUCCACUGAGAUGAGGCUGAACCUGUGAGGAUCCUGAGGCAUCUAGAGAUGUUCCAGCUCCAGUCAGACUCUAUACUAAAUAGGAGUAGCUGCCUUCAGGUCAGGUAUUAAUAUGUCUCACAGCGAUGAAGGAUACGUGGUGCGCAUCCGAGGCUUACCCUGGUCAUGUACCAAGGAAGAAGUGGCCUCGUUUUUUUCUGACUGUGAUAUUGUAGGGAAAGUGAAUGGUGUGUGUUUCACCUUCUCCAAGGAGGGAAGGCCCAGCGGAGAGGCGUUCAUCGAGCUAAAAACAGCAGAGGACUUUAAAAAAGCCCUCUCAAAAGAUCGAAAAUAUAUGGGCCAUCGAUAUAUUGAAGUGUUCAAGUCAAAUCGCAGUGAGAUGGACUGGGUGCUGAAACGCUGCGGCCCAACGGAUUACGACAGCAGCAGCGGCUGCAUGCUGAGGCUCAGAGGACUGCCUUUCGGAUGCAGUAAGGAGGAGAUAGUUCAGUUCUUUUCAGGGUUGAAAAUCGUGCCAAAUGGGAUUACAUUGCCGAUGGACUACCAGGGGAGGAGCACAGGGGAAGCCUUCGUGCAGUUUGCCUCAAAGGAGAUAGCAGAAAAAGCUCUGGGGAAACACAAGGAAAGAAUAGGGCACAGGUACAUAGAGAUAUUCAAAAGUAGCCGAAAUGAAAUCCGUGCAUACUACGAGGUCCCCCGGCGGAUGAUGGGGCAAAGACCCAGCCCAUAUGACAGACCGGUUAUGGGCCGUGGGGGCUUCUUUGGUCCUGGUCCUGGACGAGGAGGUGCUGUUCUGGACCAGAUGCGCAGUGGAAGUAGUUACAGUGGUGGUUACAGUGGAUUUGACAAUUAUAAUGGUUUUAACAACUACUGCUUUGGUAAUGGAAUAUUUGAAGAGCGUGCAAGGGGAGACCGAGGAGGAAGAGGAGGAAUGGGAGGUCAUGGCUAUGGUGGAGGGGACACAGGCUCUGGCUUUCACAGUGGACACUUCGUCCACAUGAGAGGCCUUCCGUUCCGUGCAACAGAGUCAGACGUAGCCAAUUUCUUUGCACCACUGCAUCCAAUCCGUGUGCAUAUUGACGUCGGACCCAACGGCAAAUCCACAGGAGAGGCAGAUGUAGAAUUUGCCACUCACGAAGAUGCCGUGUCAGCCAUGUCAAAGGAUAAGAAUCAUAUGCAACACCGUUACAUCGAGCUUUUCUUAAAUUCAACCUCCAGUGGAGCAUCCGAAAUGGGUCGUGGAGGUGGCAGUUACUAUGGCAACUCUGCAGGCAUGGGCUCUCGAAGCGGGCCAAGGGGCAUGUACUGAAGACAUAGUUUUACAAGAAAAAAUAUUUUCAACUGGAAGUCAGAAGGUUUUUCUUUUUGUAUAGAGGCGUCUUUGCAUAUUCAUAGAAAAUUGAUCUGAAUAUUUUCCAGACAGAGUGGAGUUUAAAGUAUAAAUGAAGUAUAUAAAAAAAGUAAAUAUAUAGGUUGAACAGCUACUGUACAUUUUGCUAAAAAGUUUUAUAUCUGAUUCUUCUGAGUUUUAUUAGUGUUGCUUUAUUAUGAGUUGUGUCUGUAGCUCUGCAAUCUCAAACGACACUGUGAUGGGCUGCCGUCUUUAUGAUCCGUAAGCCUUUUCCCCUCAGCAAUGAACAUUCUUUAACCGUUAACCUUUUUCUUAGUUAAUUAUGUUAACUGCAGAGUGAAGCAUUGUUCACAUUGCAUUUAAAACUUCCAAAGUUAAAUAUUUUGUUAGUUUCAAAAUAAACAUUUGUUUUAUUUUGUUUUCAUUGCAAACCAUGUGAAACCGAGUGAAAGUUUUAAGAUUACGCUAUUUAGACACGUCAGGAACCUUUCACUUCUAAUCUGAUGUAUGCUGUAAAGAAAUAUUUCAGUCUUUUACACCUAUAUUGCAAAUGUCUGAAAUUAAAGAAUGUUUAUAUUACAAUGAUGAA